AUGGAGUUGGAUCUUACACCUAAGUUGCCGAAGCAGGCUUAUGGAGGAGAUGGAGGAUCUUACUCUGCGUGGUGCCCAAAAGAGUUGCCGAUGCUCAAGGAGGGUAACAUUGGAGCCGCAAAGCUUGCUCUUGAGCAGCACGGCUUCGCUGUUCCUCGCUACUCUGAUUCCUCGAAGGUCGCCUAUGUUCUUCAAGGAUCUGGAACAGCCGGAAUUGUCCUUCCUGAGAAGGAGGAGAAGGUGAUUGCCAUCAAGAAAGGUGAUUCGAUUGCCCUUCCCUUUGGUGUGGUCACGUGGUGGUUCAACAACGAGGAAACCGAGCUUGAAAUCCUCUUCCUCGGCGAAACCCACAAGGGUCACAAAGCCGGAAAGUUCACGGACUUUUACCUCACCGGCUCAAACGGAAUCUUCACCGGUUUCUCCACUGAGUUCGUGGGCAGAGCCUGGGACCUUGAUGAGAGCACCGUGAAGACACUCGUCGGUUCUCAAACCGGGACGGGCAUUGUGAAGCUCGAUGCGGAUUUCAAAAUGCCACAGCCCAAGGCUGAGGACCGUGAUGGGUUUGUCUUGAACUGUUUGGAGGCUCCUCUUGAUGUGGACAUAAAGAACGGUGGCAGAGUCGUUGUGUUGAACACCAAGAACCUUCCACUGGUUGGGGAGGUUGGGUUUGGAGCUGAUCUUGUUCAGAUCGAUGCACAUUCCAUGUGCUCGCCUGGUUUCUCUUGUGACUCGGCUCUACAGGUGACUUACAUUGUGGGUGGGAGUGGAAGAGUCCAAGUGGUUGGUGCUGACGGUAAAAGAGUUCUUGAGACUCAUAUCAAGGCUGGUUCCCUCUUCAUUGUUCCAAGGUUCUUUGUGGUUUCAAAGAUUGCCGACUCUGAGGGCAUGUCUUGGUUCUCCAUUGUCACUACUCCAGAUCCCAUUUUCACACAUUUGGCCGGAAGGACAUCGGUGUGGAAGGCUUUGUCACCGGAGGUUUUGCAGGCGGCGUUUAAGGUUGAGGCGGAGGUGGAGCAGUCGUUCCGUUCGAAGAGAACUUCAGAUGCUAUUUUCUUCCCUCCUUCCAACUGA